AUGCCUCCGCUCUGGGUAGUGCUGGCCCUGGGCUGCCUGCGACUUGGCUCCGGUGUGAACCUCCAGCCCCAACUGGCUAGUGUGACCUUUGCCACCAACAACCCCACCCUCACCACGGUGGCCUUGGAAAAGCCCCUCUGCACGUUUGACAGCUCAGCGGCCCUCCACGGCACCUACGAGGUCUACCUUUAUGUGCUGGUCGACUCGGCUAGCUUCAGGAACGCCUCUGUGCAGGACAGCACCAAGACCCCUCUCAGCUCAACAUUCCAGCAGACCAAGGGGGGGAGGACAGGGCCCUACAAGACUGCGGCCUUUGACCUGACCCCAUGCAGCGACUCACCCAGCUUAGAUGCUGUCUGGGAUGUGUCCCGGGCCUCGGAGAUCCUGAAUGCCUACCUGAUCAAGGUGGGCACCAACGGGACCUGCCUGUCGGACCCAAACUUCCAGGGCCUCUGCAACCCACCCCUGUCCGCAGCUACGGAAUACAGGUUCAAGUAUGUCCUGGUCAAUAUGUCCUCGGGCUUGGUACAGGACCAGACCCUAUGGUCAGACCCCAUCCGCACCAACCGGCUCACCCCGUACUCGGCGAUAGACACGUGGCCGGGCCAGCGGAGCGGGGGUAUGAUCGUCGUCACGUCCAUUCUGGGCUCCCUGCCCUUCUUCCUGCUCGUCGGCUUUGCUGGCGCCAUCGUCCUCAGCCUCGUGGACAGGGGCGAUGCUGACGGGGCAACAAGCCACGACUCCCAGAUCACGCAGGAGGCUGUCCCGAAGUCCCUGGGGACCUCGGAGCCUUCAUACACGUCUGUGAACCGGGGGCCACCCCUGGACAGGGCCGAGGUGUAUGCCAGCAAGCUCCAGGACUGA